ACUCCGUCACGCCGCGUCAGUCUGGAGUCGCACAAUUAUGAAAAAUCCACCUUCCGCUGAAGCCGCAGCGGACGCAUACGACUCUCGCCGCCGUCACCGGGCUCCCCUUCCGAGGCUUCCCGAGCAGCACAGCGCCGAUCGAUGGCUACAAGCUCCGGACCUGAACGCUGAAGAUAAUGUCCCAGAAGUCCUGGAUAGAAAACACUUUUACCAGGAGGGAAUGUGUUUAUAUACUGCCUGUGUCAAAAGAUCCACACAGAUGUCUCCCAGGAUGUCAAAUCUGUCAGCAGCUCGUGAGAUGCUGCUGCGGGCGUUUGGUCCGGCAGCACGUCGGCUUCAGCGCUACCCUGGCGAUGAAAUACUCCGACGUGCGGCUGGCUGAAGGUGGGAUCUCUGAUCUGGAGCAGUGGUCUGUGGAGAAACAUACGGAGGAGACGCCGACUGACGCUUACGGAGUCAUCAACUUCCAGGGUGGAUCUCAUUCGUACAGAGCCAAGUAUGUACGGCUGUCAUACGACUCACGGCCCGACAACAUCUUAAGACUCAUGCUGAAGGAAUGGCAGAUGGAUUUGCCCAAAAUUGUCAUCAGUGUUCAUGGUGGGAUCCAGAACUUUGAUCUGCAUCCACGGAUCAAACAUGUGGUGGGAAAAGGACUUAUUAAAGCUGCUGUGACCACAGGGGCCUGGAUUCUGACUGGUGGAGUAAACACGGGUGUAGCCAAGCAUGUUGGUGACGCGCUGAAAGAACACCUCUCUAGAUCGUCACGGAAAAUCUGCACAGUGGGAAUCGCACCCUGGGGAGUUAUUGAAAACAGGAACGACCUCAUUGGAAGAGAUGUUGUAGCACCGUACCACACUCUGUUAAAUCCUCUCAGUAAACUAAACGUGCUGAACAACUUUCACUCACACUUUAUUCUGGUUGAUGAUGGAACGGUGGGGAAAUACGGAGCUGAAGUCAAACUGAGGAGAGAGUUGGAGAAACACAUUAACCUCCAGAGAAUACACGCACGCAUUGGUCAGGGCGUCCCUGUAGUGGCACUUAUUUUUGAGGGUGGUCCAAAUGUGAUCCUAACAGUGUUGGAGUAUCUUCAGGAGAGUCCACCAGUACCUGUGGUGGUGUGUGAGGGUACCGGACGGGCCGCAGAUAUACUGGCAUACGUCCACAAACAGACGGAGCCGGAUGGUGCGCUGCCUGAUGGCAUUGAAGCCGACAUCAUCGCCACAAUCAAAAAAACAUUCAACUUCAGUCAAAGUGACGCUCUGCAUCUCUUCCAAACACUAAUGGAGUGCAUGAAGAACAAAGAGCUGAUAACAGUGUUUCAUGUUGGUUCAGAAGAUCAUCAAGAGAUUGAUGUGGCGAUUCUGAAGAGUCUUCUCAAAGGCACUAACGUAUCGGCCUUUGAUCAGCUGGUCCUGACGCUGGCGUGGGACAGGGUGGACAUCGCUAAAGAUCACGUCUUUGUUUAUGGACAACAGUUGCUGGUGGGCUCUCUUGAACAGGCGAUGUUAGAUGCAUUAGUAAUGGAUCGUGUGGAGUUUGUUAAACUACUAAUCGAGAACGGCGUCAGCAUGCACAGAUUCCUUACAAUUACACGUCUGGAGGAGCUUUACAACACGAAACAGACUCCAACUAAUCCAACUCUCUAUCAUCUGGUCAGAGAUGUGAAACAGGGUAACCUCCCCCCCAAUUAUAAGAUCACACUUAUCGAUGUCGGAUUGGUGAUCGAGUUUCUCAUGGGUGGGACAUACAGAUCCAACUACACCCGCAAGCGCUUUCGAAUCAUCUACAACAACCUUCAUGGAAACAGUCGGCGGUCGGGGAGACACACGGCCAGCACCUCACACGAGUCCUUCAGCAUUCAGGCCGAUAAAAAAGAGAAAACCAGACACGAUCACUUCAUCAAGACCGCACAGCCCUACAAACCCAGAUUGGAUUCGACGUCUGAGCAACAGAAGAAGAAGAGUAAAGAGGAGGUGGUGGACAUCGAUGACCCAGAGACCCGGCGCUUCCCGUACCCGUUUAACGAGCUGCUGGUGUGGGCCGUGCUGAUGAAGAGGCAGAAGAUGUCGCUGUUCUUCUGGCAGCACGGAGAAGAGUCCAUGGCCAAAGCCCUGGUGGCCUGCAAACUUCUGCGCUCCAUGGGCUACGAGGCCAAGAAGAGCGACGUGGUUGACGACACGUCAGAGGAACUGAAGGAGUACUCCAAUGAGUUCGGUACGCUGGCCGUGGAUCUGUUGGACGAGUCGUUCAGGCAGGACGAGACCAUGGCCAUGAAGCUGCUGACGUACGAGCUGAAGAACUGGAGCAACUCCACCUGUUUAAAACUGGCCGUGUCGUCGCGGCUCCGCCCCUUCGUGGCUCACACCUGUACGCAGAUGCUGCUGUCCGACAUGUGGAUGGGGCGGCUUAACAUGCGAAAGAACUCUUGGUACAAGGUGAUUCUGAGUAUCCUCGUUCCACCGGCAACCCUUCUGCUGGAGUACAAGACCAAAGCCGAGAUGUCCCACAUUCCCCAGUCUCAAGACGCCCAUCAGAGCAUGGAGGACAGCGAACACAACCUCCAAAACCCUGAUGACAUUCAGAUGGAUGUGUUUAAAGAAGUUCGUCUGAAUGACAACGCUGAUGCAAGCGAAUCGGAGGUCCACGUUCGUUCUCGACGAUUACCCAUCACACGCAAGUUCUACGCUUUUUACCACGCUCCCAUUGUCAAGUUCUGGUUCAACACGCUCUUUUAUAUCGGCUUCCUGAUGUUGUAUUCAUAUGUGGUGCUGGUGAAAAUGGAGAAACUUCCAUCACCUCAGGAAUGGGUCGUCAUUCUCUACAUCUUUACAUUAGCUGUAGAGAAGAUACGAGAGAUGUUCAUGUCAGAAGGAGGCAAAAUCAGUCAGAAGAUUAAAGUCUGGUUCACUGAUUACUUCAAUAUUUCCGACUUCCUGGCCAUGGUCAUGUUCUUCUUCGGGUUCGGUCUGCGUUUCGGAACAAAUAACGUUUUUAUUGCGGGUCGGAUCGUUUACUGCUUGAACAUCAUCUUCUGGUACGUGCGGCUGCUGGACAUUCUGGCCGUCAAUCAGCAGGCCGGGCCGUACGUCAUGAUGAUUGGAAAAAUGGUGGCAAACAUGUUUUAUAUCGUUGUGAUUAUGGCUGUUGUAUUGCUGAGUUACGGAGUUCCUCGUAAAGCCAUAUUGUACCCAAACGAGGAGCCCUCGUGGACUUUGGCCAAAGACGUGGUUUUCCAGCCGUACUGGAUGAUGUAUGGAGAGGUGUACGCGUAUGAGAUUGACGUGUGCUCAAACACGAGCGAGGAUCACGCUAAGGAACUGUGUGCGACGGGCGUGUGGUUGACUCCGCUGCUGCAGGCCGUCUAUCUGUUCGUUCAGUACAUUCUCAUGGUGAACCUCCUCAUCGCCUUCUUCAAUAAUGUGUACAUGCAGGUGAAGUCCAUGUCAAACCUGGUGUGGAAAUACCAGCGUUACCAUUUCAUCAUGGCAUAUCAUGACAAGCCCGUCCUGCCGCCCCCUCUGAUUCUGCUCAGUCAUGUGGCGUCUCUCCUUUCGUCUGUCUGCAGGAAGAGGAAGAAGGACAGCAGCACCUACGGGCCAAAGCUCUUCCUGACAGAGGAGGACCAGAAGAAGCUUCAUGACUUUGAGGAACAGUGUGUGGAGACGUAUUUCCAUCAAAAGGACGAUCAGUUUCACUCCGGCAGCGACGAGAGAAUCAGACUCACGUCUGACAGAGUUGAAACGAUGUGCGUACAGCUGAAGGAGGUUGGGAACAAAGUGAACUUCAUCAAGCGAUCUUUGCACACUCUGGACUCUCAGAUCGGGCACUUGCAGGAUCUGUCGGUGCUCACGGUGGACACGCUGAAAGCCCUGACGGCCCAGCGGGCAUCCGAGGCCAGCAAAGUCCACAACCAGAUCACCAGAGAGCUCAGCGUCUCCAAGAACCUCGGGCCCGGCCCGUCUGACGUCGCUGGUCCAUCGAAAUCGAACGCCUUGGUGCGGUGCAGUGUGGGUUUCCUGCCCCCCGUGGCCAGCAUAGCCGACUCCCUGUUUGGGGGCGGGGCCAAAGACCGAACGCCGCAGCACCGCGGUACGGAGCCUCGUCUGAGCUCAGAAAGAUCGGCUUCGGCUGGAUUUUCAGGUUUCGCCUCACCGCAGACGCGCUCGCUGAUGGAUUCUCACGCAAACUCCCCUCAGCUGCGUCUGCGUGGACGAUCUCUGCGCGAGGGGAACGCCGGCCGACUCGAAGACGCCAGUCCCUCCGGUCUCGUCAGCGCUCCGGCCGGCACCGCGACGUUCUUCGUCAGCACCCCCACGCAGCUCACUGACUCGCAGUCCGCCGUGCGCUCCUAUAUGGCUCGAGCGCAGACGCCUCCUCGCACUGCGCAGACAGAGCUGCCGCAUGCCACCGUGGAGUAUGGGGCGUUUGUGGGUGAGUAUGAGGAGGAAGAUGAAGUUGUUUAUAGGAACAGUGAUGAAGGCGACCCAGUGGUGGUCGUGUGUGAGCCGGAGUGUCAGGGAUACGUGAAUCCUGCCUUUACUGAUGAUGAUGAUGAUGAGGUUAGAGUAGAGGAACCCAUGACCACCGAUCAGCCCAACAGAAACACACAACUCCCGGGCCUCCCUCGGGCUCCUGAUAAUCAGCUCCGGGAACCCCGGCGUAGCACACCGUUCCAGAGAGCGGCCCGCUGCAGGCGUGCGGUGCAAGGACUCAGGCGGAAACACGGAGGUCACAAGGAUGAGCCGGAGGGUCAGAGGUCAUUCCCGAAGGAGGUUUCAGCUGGUGGCCGGCAGCCGAGUCCAUCCAGGAAAGAUCGAGAUGCGGCGGCGUUACAGGGUCACAUGCGGACAGUGAACUCGUACGCCGGUUUCACCGAGUUUGACAGAAACCCUUCGUUCUUGCAUCCAGAGUCCACGCUCAGUAAACAGGAAAAGAAUCGAGUUUCAUUGGAGGACAUCUCACGACAUGAGGAUCUGUCAGCUGCAGUGCUAUUGGGUAAAUCAGUGCAAUCCAGCAAACUGAGUACAGGAGACGAUGUUUUAAAUGCUGCUGCGGGUCUGUACGCCGCCCGACACCUCGGUGCACGCAAGGACUCGAUCGGUUCUCCCUUCAAGCCCAUGGACAGUUAUCAGUAUUCAGCGGUGGAACGUAAUAACCUGAUGCGGUUGUCUCAGAGUAUACCAUUUACCCCAGUGCCCCCCAGAGGUGAACCCGUCACCGUGUACCGACUGGAGGAAAGUUCUCCCAACAGCAUCAAUAACAGCAUGUCGUCGUGGGCACAGCGUGGUCUCUGCGCAAAGAUCGAGUUCCUCAGUAAGGAGGAAAUGGGCGGCGGCCUGCGGAGGGCAUUAAAAGUUCUCUGCACCUGGUCCGAGUAUGACAUUCUGAAACCAGGACACCUUUAUAUCGUCAAAUCCUUCCUGUCUGAGGUGGUCAACACCUGGCAAACCCUUUACAAAGAAGAAACGGUCCUGCAUCUCUGUCUCAGGGAAAUUCAGCAGCAGAGAGCAGCUCAGAAACUCACCUUUGCCUUCAAUCAGAUCCGACCAAAGACCAUCCCAUACUCACCCAGGUUCUUGGAGGUUUUCCUGCUGUAUUGUCAUUCUGCGGGUCAGUGGUUCGCUAUCGAGGAAUGUAUCACCGGAGACUUUCGCAAGUUUAAUAACAACAACGGAGAUGAAAUCGUUCCCACCAACCUGCUGGAAGAAACCAUGUUGGCAUUCAGUCACUGGACGUAUGAAUACACGCGAGGAGAACUGCUUGUGCUGGAUCUGCAGGGGGUGGGUGAGAUUCUGACGGAUCCGUCAGUCAUUAAGAGCGGAGAGAAAGGGUCCUAUGAUAUGAUCUUUGGUCCUGCAAACCUGGGAGAUGAUGCCAUACGAAAUUUCCGCGCCAAACAUCACUGCAACUCCUGCUGCCGAAAACUCAAACUUCCAGAUCUGAAGAGAAACGAGUACACGCCAGAUAAACUAGCAGUGCAGCACGACUCGUCCGAGGGUCCGUCCCACUCACCGCCUGCAGGGGGCGCCACUAAAGAACAGCGGCCCUCAAUGCAUUUAAUGCUGUGAGAAAACAUACACUGUCCUGAGUAACACAUGAAAAAGAGAAACACUGUGUGUGUGUGUGUGUGUGUGUGUGUGUGUGUGUGUGUGUGUGUGCGUCUGUGUGCGCGCGUGUGUGUGUGCGUGCGUGUUGGACCGCUGUAUGUUUUUAUAUGACGUUACAUUGAUAAUGUGUUGCCUCUGAGCAAAUGAACAGAUGCAAUCCAGAGAUGUUUUAUUAAGUCUCGUGUAUAAUGGGGAUUAUCAUCUUUUAAGAGUAUUUUUUAAAGUUUUUAUGUCCAUAUCAAAUUAUAACUGGUACAAUAUCAAUUUAAAAUAAAGUAUUUAUUCUAAACAACAAAACGUUGCCUUGUAAAAAAUGCUAUUAAUUUUCAGUGCAAUGUUAGUCUCUUACUGGUUUUGAAGAGAUCACAGAUGAUCAGACUUUGUACAGAGCUGAAUGCCAACAGAAUUUGUUUUGAUGUACAGACAACUAUACGUGGAGCGCUCGUAUGAAUGUAUUCAAGGUUCAUACACGUUCAGAUCUCGUGUAGACGAUGGGCAGAUUGCAAUGCAAAUGACAGCGUAGUAGUAUGUGUGAUAUAUCAUUGUGCCGAACACUGAAAGUCCACACAAUCCAAACCCAAAUCAAUAAUGUUACAGCUGUACUCUGGUCUGUUGCUGUCGCUGGAGUAUUGUGUGAGAGAUAUCUAGUGUAUCUUAUAGAUACAAUCAUCUGGCACCAGCUGAAACAUGAUGCGAAUAUUUGAUGCUGGAGAUAUUCAUGGAUCUGUAAACAUUUUUUACUGUACAUUUAAACAAUAAAAGACUGAAAAGCAUCCUCA